UAAUAGAUGACCCCGUCGUAUUUUUUGCGAAACAGUCCUUCUAUUUUUUCCGACCAAUCCCGCGGUCCUCCGCUCCCGACAUAGAACUCCGUCGCUCACCAUUCUUGCUCGCCCGCUCGCCGUCUUGGCUCUCCGACGCCGCCCCCCACCGCCUUCCUCCCUCCCCCGCCCCACGCCGCCUUCCUCCCCCGAACCACGCUGCGAUGCUGCCGGCUCGUCCCCCUCCUCGUUCCCCACCGUCUCAAGCUUCAAUUUUUGCCACAUCGCCGGUGGUUGAUCUGCCGGCAGAAUUGCGGGCGGCGGCCUGGAGCGGCAGUACGCAAGCUCUGACUCCAUACCGAGCCAGCCGGCACACCCGCCAAGGAGCUUCGCCAGCCGCUGCCCUAGCGCCCGCGGCCGUCAAUGCGUGGUCGGGCGCCGCGUCGAUGUUGCCGCUGCUCGGCGCCGCCGUCGCCGACUCGUGGCUCGGCCGGUACCGCACCAUCGUCGCCUCCUUCGUUAUCUACAUCACGUGGCACAAAGGCGAGCUACCUUGGCGUGCAGAAGAGGCCCCCCUCCCUUGCCUUGUGCCCGGCGACCAACAACUGCGUGUCGACGUCCGAGAGGAUAAGCAAUUCCAAUCACUACGCUCCCCCAUGAAGAAGAAAGGUAAAUUUCAGCAUUCUAGCUUUCUUGCUGGGGGAGCUACAUCUGCUGCUAGGAAACUGGUUGCUCAAAAUGGGACUCUGAAGGCUAUUUGGCCUCACAGUGGCCACUAUCGCCCCACAGAGGAGAACUUCCAGGAGUUUAAAAGCUUCCUCAAUGACAACUUGGUUGAUCUCACUGAUGCACCUGAAGAAACUGGCUCUCUUCAGACAACUCAAGUCAUUCAAACAACAUCUACAGAGACAGAAAAACGUGAGGAACCAGUGGUGGCGCGCGAGAAGAUCCUUCAGAGGAGAUGGUGGUAGCAGCUGCACCCCUGUGGUAGCAUCAGCAUCUACAGAAGAACCAGUGGUAGCAUCAACAUCAACAUCAACAUCUACAGAUCGUUCAGAGGAUCAACAUCUAUAGAAGAACCUGUGGUAGCAGCUGCACCCCUGUGGCCACGAACCUUGCCGUGGAGAUGCAGGGACACCUUCCCACGCUACAGCAAGGAGGAGAGGAAGAUGGAGCCGCGGCGGAAGAUGGAGCUGCGGCGCCUGAGCCUGGCAGCGGCGGAAGAUGGAAUCGCGGCGCCUGAGCCUGGCAGCGGCGGAAGAUGGAGCCACGGCGCCUGAGCCUGGCAGAGGCAGAAGAUGGAGCCGCGGCGCCUGAUCCUGGCAGCGGCGGAGACGGAGCUCGAUGUGCUGGAGUCACCGGCGCUAUCUUGCUGCCGGAGACGGAGCUCGAGGUACUCGGAGGUGGGGAGCUCGAGGUGCUGGGUGCGGGAGCUCGAGGAGCUGACGCCGGCGACGGGGUCCUAGUGCUAGGGAUGGAGCUCGAGGUUCUGGCCGGCGGGAGAUCGAGGUUCUGGCCGGCGGACGGAGGUUCCGCGCGGUGGAUCGCGACGAGCGGACGGAGAACUGGGUACUGGAUUGUAAUGAUUUCAAAUUUCGGAAGGGCCUUAUUGUAAAAUUGAUUUGUUCACGAUUCCGCCUCCCCUGGAGUCAUCUAUUACCGAACGGAGGGAGUA